UUAGUUCAAAGAGUCUUGCCCUUCAGGCCCAGAAGAAGAUUCUGAGCAAGAUAGCCAGCAAGACCGUGGCCAACAUGUUGAUUGACGACACCAGCAGCGAGAUCUUCGAUGAGCUCUACAAAGUCACCAAAGAGCACACCCACAACAAGAAGGAAGCCCACAAGAUUAUGAAAGACUUAAUCAAGGUGGCAAUCAAAAUUGGGAUCCUCUACCGGAACAACCAGUUCAGCCAGGAGGAGGUUGUUAUCGUGGAGAAGUUCCGGAAGAAGCUGAACCAGACGGCCAUGACCAUCGUCAGCUUCUAUGAGGUGGAGUACACCUUCGACAGGAACGUGCUCUCCAAGCUCCUGCACGAGUGCAAAGACCUGGUGCACGAACUGGUGCAGCGACACCUGACGCCCAGGACCCACGGGCGCAUCAACCACGUCUUCAACCACUUUGCCGACCUGGAGUUCCUCUCCACCCUCUAUCGCCUGGAUGGAGACUGUCGGCCCAACCUCAAGAGGAUUUGUGAAGGAAUCAAUAAGUUGCUAGAUGAGAAAGUCCUUUGAAUGCCUUCCUUCCUCCUGGACUUUGCUGCUUUAACCUUAUGGCACCCAGCCACAGUCCGGGUGAGAAUCAAGUAGCUAAGCAGAAACCCUUGUCAAAGAUGUCCGUGUUCUGUCCAUUCGUCCCUCUGAUGCUGAUGCCGAACUUAGCCCAGGUGUGUUUAUCUUCUGAGCUCUCUGACGAGGUCUGUACUUAAAAUCACCUGUGUCUGCAAGCCCGACAGGACAUUUCAACUAUUCUAAGCAGAAAGGCUGCUUCGCUCAUCACAGUGAGCUCAGUUCGUCUUGCAGAGUGGAACGAGCCCUGGACCAGGAGCCGGAGGAUAUGGAUUCGGUUCCCAGCUCCACCAGUUACGACUGUGUCCUCCGUGUCCUGGAACCACGAUGCCUGCCUGCCUACCUCACAGGGCUGUUGUGAGGAUCGAAUGAGAUGAAGUAUGUUCACAUGUUUCUGAAAAUUCUAAUGUAAGGUCUUUGUAUUUUCUCUUCUGGGUGUGAGAGAUAUAAACCUGGAUGUAGACGAUUAAGCAGCAUAGAAGAGAAGAACAAUAGGAUCUAAUGGGCUGGGUUUGCAGUCUGUCUCUAAAUGUGCUGCUUCAAACACAAUGAAAUCCAAAGGUGUGAAAAAGUAUAGCUGCAAAUUGGAAAAAUGGUGUUCAAGGGUUGUGUUCUUGAGUUCUUAGAUGUGCAGGGUUAUGAUCCUGCAGAGGGAAACCUUCCGCAGGCGGUGGGGAGAGUUUCCCACCCAUGACGCAGAAGCAGAGAAGCACUGUGCUCCCUCUGCAGGACCAGCCUUCCCUUAGCCUCGGGGCACCGUCCACGGGGCACGGGAAGGCUCUAGUCUGGCAAGCACAUGAGUGGGGGCAGAAUGAACCCCUGUCUGUCCUUCUUGGCCUUUCACAGUCAUUUUCUGCUGUUUUCUCUGGUUCAUUAAUAAAUUAAAAGUAGCCUUCAAA